UAGUCAAAGACUGAAUAUGGCAUUACGGUUGGUUAUUUGCCUGGCAGGUCUUUUCGCGGUGACCGUCAGCGGUCAGCGUCUCAAGUUCGACAGAUACAGUGCGCAGCUUGAUGAGCUGAAGCAGUCAGCUUCAGAGCAGCUUGCAGCCAACGAGCAAAGCUUCACCUCAUUUAGGCUACCAAACACAUCAAUUCCAACGCAGUACACCUUGUACCUGGACACCAACGUGCAUUUGAAUGACUUCCAGUAUUCUGGAAGCGUUCAGAUUCAGCUAACCACCUUGGUCGACACCAACCAGAUUGUGUUGCACAGCACUGGAAACGUUAUCAACAAUUUGCAGCUAUUUACCACCAAUCAACUGGGAAUAGCAUUGAACGGGUUCUUCCAUGACGAAGAAAAAGAAUUUCUGGUUAUCAACACCAGAGCAACGCUGCCGGCUAACACCAACUAUCGACUGCUGAUCGAGUUUUCAAAUCAACUUCGCAACAGCCUAACUGGAUUCUACCGGACAUCGUACAGGGCUGAAGAUGAUACGACCAGGAACCUUGCCGUGACCCAAUUUGAGGCUACCUUCGCCAGAAGUGCUUUCCCGUGUUACGAUGAACCGUGGAUUCGGGCCACCUUUGCCAUCAGUAUUAGCUGCGGAGUUAGCUACAAGGCUACUUCCAAUAUGCCAAUUGCUGGAAUAACCAUUCAACCUAACCAGAAGAAGUUGACCCAAUUCCAAGUGACACCUCGUAUGCCAACGUACCUGGUAGCAUUCAUGGUUACCGAUUUUACCAGUAAGCGAGUUGUUAUGAAGGAUCCCUCGCAUUUGACGAUGGAGAUAUUUGCUCGGCCGACUGCGAUCAACGAACUCGAACUAGGACUUCAAAAAGGUGUCGACGCCAUCCGCGCAAUCGAACGGUAUUUCAAUCAAACUUAUCAUCUUCCAAAAUUGGAUCAAGUAGCGGUACCGGAAUUUAUGUUCGGUGCCAUGGAAAACUGGGGCCUGGUAAAGUAUCACGAAUCCUACCUGCUGUUCAACGAAGAGACAUCGAGAAAUCUUGACAAAGAGUACAUAGUAGCAACCAUCGCCCAUGAAUUGGUGCACCAGUUUUUUGGAAAUCUUGUCACACCAAAAUGGUGGACUGACAUCUUCCUGAACGAGGGGUUCGCCACUCUCUACGAGUACUAUAUCGGAGCGGAAAUUGAGCCCAGCAUACGAUACAAGGAACUGAUCGCUGUGGAAGCCGUUCAGUCUGCGUUCUACGUGGACAGUAUGCCAUCAUCUAGGCCGCUGUCUUACUACAAGGAAACCAAUGUGAUGUCUUUGUUUGACACCAUUUCCUAUCAGAAAGGAGGUAGCGUUUUGCGCAUGAUAAGCUACGCCCUCGGAGAACGCACGUUCCAGAAAGGACUACGACACUAUUUGGCUGUCAACAAAGAUAGUGCUGUGGAGCCUGAUGACUUGUUCGAAAGCCUCCAGUCUGCAGCAAAAGAGGAUGCCGUUAUUCCACUAAGCACUACAGUGGGAGCAAUUAUGAGCCCAUGGGUGUACCAGUCUGGUUAUCCAGUGGUCACUGUUACACGCCUCUCUGGUAGCAACGAACUUGUAUUCAAACAGGAGCAUUUCUCCGAUAGUUCACCCGAUUCCCGUACUUGGUGGAUUCCGAUCAGCUAUCGUCUAAGUCACCAAACUGUACGUGACGAAACGGAAACUGUGUUCUGGAUGCCGCAUGGUGCUUCAGAGGUAUCCAUUGAAUUGGACAUUCCAAACGAUGCAUACCUGCUGGUAAAUCCGCAUCAAACAGGAUACUAUCGAGUCAACUACGAUCGUGAACUUUGGGAAAAAUUAAUCGUUCAACUGAUGACAGACCACGAAGCGAUUCCACCGGUCUCUAGAGCACAGUUGAUUGAUGAUUCGCUGAAACUGGCGAUGGCUGGAAAGCUGGACGUCACUGUAAGCUUUGACCUGUUCAAGUACCUAUCCAAAGAACUGGACUUCAUUCCAUGGUAUACUGCAUUGGCGUCGGAUAAUCUGCAAUGCAUCAACAAGGCAUUAGUAGUAGAUAAUGCAGCCUACGAUGCACUGAAGAUCUACGUUAAUUACCUAACGAACGAACUAUUCCUGGUGAUGGGUUUCACUGAACGGACUGACGAGCCUCAUGAACAUCAACGUUUGCGAGCAAUGGCAAUCGAAUGGAGUUGUCGAAUGGGGUCUGACAUUUGCAGAAAAGGAGCACAUCAACUGAUGCUUCAAGAUCUAACAGGAGGAACUGAAAAGCUUCCAUCGUACAUCAAACAUAGUAUCUACUGUGGAGGACUCAUGGAAGCCACCGAGGAAGAAUUCGUAGCUGUAUUCCGUGCUUAUCAAAACUCUGCCGACCUCGCUGAGAGGGCAGUGUACAUCUCCGCUCUGGGAUGCAACGAAAAUAGCACAUUUUUGUUUGACUACCUCACAGUGACUUUGGGCGGUGGCCAAGAAGUUCGACUGAGAUCUGGAGAAUGGUUUCUGGUCAUGCAAUCCGUCUACUCCAGAUCAAAUAUUGGUUUUGAAGCAUUCAAAACUUGGAUGUCGGUGUACAGCGAUACCAUCUUAAAUGUACAUGGGGAUAAACCAGAAUUCCUCGCAAUCAUGGCUGAUAUUAAAAAUCGGAUGAGUAAUUUAGGCAACUUCGAGCAGCUUAUCGCAUUGCUGAAAAUAUUUCAGUCCCAGACGUAGCUACAGGUAUCAACAUAAUGGCUU